AUGAAGCUCACCGGCGCUAUCUUCUUCGGCCUUACCGCUCUCGUAGCAUACGUUCAGGCCUCGCCAGCUCCACCGUCAGAGACUCCGACAACUGGUGAAUUUACUAGGGCCCCCGGGACCGUCGUUGACACCAGUAAAAUUCAUGGCAAGAUGUCAGUCAAGACGUUCAAACGCAACCCUCCUGCCGAUAAUGAGGUCGUCACUCUUGAUCUGAGUACUAUUUCUGAGCCUAUUCAGCCUGGGGACCCCAACCACGCCAUCCUCCCAAGCCAUGUUCCCGCAAUUCGUGGCCGCUCUCAUGCUGGUAUCAACUGUCCCUCCUAUGCACCGUGGAUCUGUGACGGAGUCUCCUGCAUAAACAUCUUCACCCAUAUGUGCUGCAAGGGAGGGGUGAUCUGCAAGGAUCCGGAUGUUUGUGUGCGUGAUGCCUUGGGCAAUCCCGCUUGCCAUAGGAAUUAG